CGAUUUGGCACCGUAGCACAGCAAGUCGACAGACAAGGGAUUGAGACGAGUGUAUUGCAAGUCUCCCACCGACCACCACAACAUGAACGUGGGUGUCCUGCAGUCACUGGCUCAAAAACUUGGCGUGACGGCUCCCGCCACUCACAGAAAAGCUGAGGAGUUGGUGCGCUUACUUGAGGUGCAGGGAGGCAGCCAGCUAGCUCUCAGCACCUCUGCAAAGACUGUCAUUUGCUUAGACUUGGCUGGCUCUGCCACUGGAACCACAUUUGAUAAGAAAUUAGCUGUGAAGUUGGCUGGACUGACCCAUCCCCAGUAUGUGGCUCUGAGUCAAAUUGCAGCACUGCGGCUGAAUCUCUCUCCAAAAGUUACUGUGACUGAUCUCUGUCAAGCCCAUUCUGUCACAGCAGCCAGCCAGUUAGCCCAGCAAGUUCUUGCACUAUAUGAAGAGCAGAAGUGCAUUAAAGAAGUGGAUCUCAGCCUGCCUGCCUAUCCCACAGCUGCUGUUUAUGCAGCCUGCAGUAUAUUGAAAAUUAAAGUGGACAAGCAACGACUGUAUGAAUCUAGUAGAAGCAAACGUAAAGUUUAUCAGAAACUGGUGGAGGUGAUGAUGACACUGGCCAAGAGUCUUCACUCACAGCAGGCAAGUAAAAGUGGCAGUGGCAAACGCAGCAGGACAUUGGUAGAGCUUGUGGAAGAAAACCUGAGUCACUCUUCUGAGAAACGAAAGAGGACAGAUAACAAGGAGGAAGAAGUCAGUGCAGGUGAUGAUUUUGAAGACUGGAAGAAAAAGAUACUUGCUGCAAGUACUACUCAACAGUAAUCAAGUUUUGUACAUACUGAGGUAUUAAGAUAGUGGCAUCAUUAACAUAUCUUGAAUGGUUUUAUAUUGCUAAUUUUUAAUUAGAUAUAAGAAAUUAUUAGCAGUUACCACCAGUCCACCAUAUGAUCAAGGAGUCCCUACAUUUUUUGUAGAUUUUCAUGGAGUUAGUCUUAACCAAUUAGGUCAGUGAUUUCUGGAUUUCCAUUUUCUUCUGGAUUUCUUUUACAUUGAGCCCAUUUUUCAUCUUUGAUGUUGUCAGUUGUUAACUUGUUUGCUAUUUCAGUAGAUGAAUGAAUAAGCACUCUAUCAGCCAGAUAGACAUAUAUGCAUACACACAUACCAGGCUGACAUCAUUCUGAAAAUAGUCUCAUUGUAAGAAUGGAAUACAGAAGAUGAGUCUCUCAAUCCUUUUGUCCUUUUCUGUUGUCUUUUAUGACAUGCAGGGAAUAUAUUAGUAGUAUUCUUUUAAUCUCACCUUAUUUUCUGCUGCAAGACAUAACACAGGGAAGGACAAAUGAAAGAACCAAUAAAAAUGUAUUUUAAUAUAUAAAAAUGUUUUUCCCUAUAAUUGAGCUCACAUACUGAAGGCCUGAGUGACAGAUUGAGAGCUGCCACAGAGAGUGAUCAACUUGAGUAUCAGUUUGUACCAAACUCUCCUGGCUCCUGAAUCAAUGAAAUAGAAGUUUCAUGUUGAGGAUGACCAUCUAACUUAAACUUUCAUGCAAAUAUUGGCAUUAAUGCCAAAAAUUUCCAUUAUCUCAUACAUUCUGUUUUUAAUUAAAAAUAGGCUUUGUGAUUGACUCACAAAUGAUUAACUGAUCAAUGAAUACAAAAUAUUAUUUGUGAUUGACUCACAAAUGGUUGACUGAUAAAUGGAUACAAAAUUAAUAAAAUUCAUUUUAAGGAUUAAAAUUGGUCCUUGCAAGAUUCUCAAUGAGACAACUCCACGUGCUCAUCCUAACUAUUGCACUGUCUUCAACAAUGGUUCCACUUUAUACUGAAUUUUCUGUGUUACAUGUAUUUAGAUAGUGUUUGUGGAUGUACUUUGUGUUGCAAGAAAGUCUUCCAGUUGAUAAUAUGACACCUCUUCUACAUGGUGAAGAUGUCCCAGCUAGCGGCGCACAGGGCGAGUCUUGCAAGGGGUGGCAGGAAUUUUAUGCCGGCUGACUAGAGUGUGGAUCAAUUGGUUGGAUACACCCACAACCAGAGAGAACAACUGCAUUGGGUAGCCACUGAAAUAUGGAUUCAUCAUUACUUCUAAGUACUAUUAUCAUCAAUAUAACCAUGUUUCCCUCACUGAAGGAAAAGACAUUCACACACCAGUUCUUAGAAUAAACAUUACUCAACAAAA